UUGGCGACAGUCAGCUGACCAGAUCUUGGACAUUUUAACAUCUAGCGACUGCAGCAAAAACCCGAUCAUUUUGAAUUUAAACAGCAGGGAGAGAAAAAAAAGGAUCGUAUUUAAAACGAGUCGAGUACGCCACUGAUAGUCAAGAGGCAAGACCACCUUUAGCAGACAGCAAUAUAUUCAGAUCAUUUUGCUUUUUAACUUUAAUCAGAAUAUAAUUCUCUAUUCGCCGCAGCCAUGGCACUCAGCGAUGCAGAUGUGCAGAAACAGAUCAAACACAUGAUGGCCUUCAUUGAGCAGGAGGCCAAUGAGAAAGCUGAGGAAAUCGAUGCAAAGGCAGAAGAAGAGUUUAACAUUGAGAAGGGUCGUCUCGUACAAACUCAGAGAUUGAAGAUUAUGGAGUACUAUGAAAAAAAAGAGAAGCAGAUCGAACAGCAAAAGAAAAUUCAAAUGUCCAACUUGAUGAACCAGGCCAGGCUGAAAGUCCUCAAGGCCAGAGAUGACUUGAUUUCGGAUCUGUUGAACGAAGCCAGACAGAGGCUGGGAAAGAUUGCGAAGGAUCCGGUCAGGUAUGCCACCUUGCUGGAAGGACUAGUGCUGCAGGGAUUUUAUCAGCUACUGGAGCCCUCUGUGGUUAUCCGUUGCCGUAAACAGGAUCUUCCCAUGGUGAAGGCUGCCGUACAGAAGAAUAUUCCCAUCUUCAAAGCAGCUGUGAAGAAGGAUAUUAAUGUUCGCAUUGACCAGGAUAACUUCCUGCCACCAGAAAUAUCUGGAGGUGUGGAAAUCUAUAACGCUAAUGGAAAAAUCAGAGUGGCCAACACCUUGGAAAGCAGACUGGAUCUUAUGGCACAACAGAUGAUGCCUGAAAUCCGAGUUGCUCUCUUUGGUGCAAACCCGAACAGGAAAUUCUUGGAUUAGUGCACUCCGCACCCAUCGCUGCUGGAUAAGCAGAUAAGGGUGGUUUUAAACAGGGGUGAAAAAAAAAACAAAACAUGUGACGUUUAUAUAAAUAUAUUUAAAGACUCCAUUCUGUGUAGGUACUGUAAAACUUUGUUUAGUGGAGAGAUAUGAGUGUUGUUGUAUAGCCCUGUGUUUUAUUUGUUAGAGGUAAAAAAUAAAAAAUAAAAGUCAUGCAUCAAUGUAACUGCAAUACUGUUAUUUACCACCAGGAGGUGAUAUUGCGUGGCUUGACUUGGUGGUUCAAAUAAAACUAAAUAUAGAAAUACAGAACAGGUUAUCACAUGCUUACUGUACCGUAUGUCUAUACAUCAUAGUUAUCUUCUGUCUCGUGACUAGCUUGAUGCAGAACAACCCUCCUUCCUAAGCCUUGCAGUUUGUCUUUUGCAGUGCAGUGUGACUGGUAGAUCUGUUUGUGUGUUGUAGAUUAAAGACGGACAAUAAAAAAGCCAUUCCUGUCUUAAUGAUAAUGCAAGCCUCCAGUGUUAAGUGAUUGAGACUAGGAAACUAUUUAAUUGAAAAUGAAAUAUGACUUUGGUAUCAUUUCAUCUGCUGUAUCUGUGGUUUCAAAAAAUAAAGAUGCUCGGCCUUCUUAAACCUCAA